AUGAGUGGUCGGUUCCCACUGUCGGACACCACCGAUGAGUUCGCGAAGAAUCUGUUCGAUGGCAUCGAUAUGGUUACCGAUGAUGACAGUCGAUGGCCAAAAGGCUUAUAUGACAUGUCGGACCGAAUGGGACGUAUUGUCACUUUUGACAGAUUUGACGCUCAAUUCUUCGGUAUGACUGAGAGUACGGCCGAGAGGUUCGGUCCAGAACUCCAUAUGCUUUUGGAGUCCACUUAUGAGGCAAUUGUGGACGCCGGUAUAAGUCCACAGAAUCUGCGAGGCAGUAGGACGGGCGUGUAUUGUGGUAUUAUAAACUAUGCCAAAUGCGAUGGCUAUCACGACUACCCACACCCGGACCAUACGACCCAAAUGAACACUUUGUUGAUGGAGUCCAUCAACGGCUCCAAGAGUUUCUUCGCCUCCCGGACGGCCUUUAUAUUUGACUUGAAGGGCCCGGCGAUCGUUGUGGACACCGCCUGUUCAUCGAGUUUGAGUGCAUUGGCUUUGGCUGUCAAUGAUCUGAAAUUAGGGCAAAUCGAUUACGCUAUAGUGUGCGGCACUCACAUGAACUUAGAGCCGAUGACCUAUCAGUUACAACAGGAGUUAGGUAUGUGUUCCCCGACAGGUGUGUCCGCCGUAUUGGACGAGUCGGCCGACGGUUUCGUGAAGGGAGAGGCCGUGUGUUGUGUUCUCCUACAGCGCCGUAAGGGCGCCCAUAGGGUCUACGCUAAGGUACUGUCAGCCCGGGUGGGAACGAAUGGUAACAAAAAGUUUGGGAUAUUUCAUCCGUCCAGUGAAACACAGGAGGAGUUGAUGACCGCAUCGUAUAAGGAGGCAAAUAUAGACCCCCUGAACAUCACCUAUUUUGAGUCACACGGCACCGGCACCAAGUCACACGGCACCGGCACCAAGGUGGGAGACCCGACAGAAAUGAAAGCGAUAUACAAUGCUUAUUGUCGAGCACCGGGACGUACAAACCCCCUACCGGUGGGCGCCCUCAAGAGCAAUAUGGGUCACUCGGAGCCGAGUUCAGGUGUGGCCGCUAUUAUCAAAGUGUUGAUCGCAUAUGAAAAUGAAUGCAUUCCUCCAAAUCUGAACUGUAAACAACUUAAACAAGAGUUACUCCAAUACUUUCCCCCAUUAUUGGCAAUUAAUCAAAAAUAUCCAUACAAACCUGGAAUGGCAGGUGUUAAUAACUUUGGUUUAGGUGGUGUGAACGCACACGUAUUGAUUGAACCCAAUUAUAAGUUGGAAACCAAUGAUAGCCUAAGAAUCGCUGAAAUGAUUCCCAGAAUUGUGAACAUUUGCGGCAGAAAUGAACAUUCGGUUCAAUAUAUGUUUGAUUUCAUUGAGAAUAACCCCAAAAGAGUGACGAAACACUUUUUGGCACUUUUGACACAAACCAUGAAAUACACACCGAAUGUGAAUUCAUCCGGAUUUCCAUUCAGAGGAUCGCUUAUAAUAAAGAAAGUUUCGGAAGAAAACAAUGAAAUUAAAUACGAAUACAAGAAACAGAUAGGAGUUAUGAAAAGCAAAAGUUUGAGACCUCUUUGGCUACUGUUCCCCGGUUUGGGCGGUCAGUGGCCAGCGAUGGCGAAGGCUUUGAUGCCAAUCAAGACAUUCGCCGAUAAAGUGGAGGAAUGCCAUCAAAUACUCCAAGAGUUUGGCAUUGAUUUGAAAAAUCUGUUGUUAUCUGAAGACAAGACAACGAUGUCUACAAUGACUGCAAAGUUCUGUUCGACGACUGCUAUAGAGAUAGCAUUGUAUGAAGUGAUGAAAGCAAUAGACAUCACAGUGGACGGCAUAAUCGGCCACUCGUUUGGUGAGAUCGCCUGCGCUUACGCUGACGGGUGUCUGUCCACUAGGGAUGCGAUGAUUGUCUCGUACUUCAGGGGAGCCGUCACUGAAAGCGAUAAGAAUAUACCGAAAGGUCUGAUGGCAGUCGUGGGUCUGUCCCGGACUGAGGCCAAGAAGUUGUGCCCAAAAGAGGUUUACAUCGCGUGUAAUAACGCUAAGGAUACGGUCGUUAUGUCAGGUCCCAUUAAUGAAAUGAAAGAAUUGCUUAAAACACUGGAAGAUAAGGCAGUAUUCGUGCGACAAAUCCCUAGCAAUGAAAUCCCAUACCAUUCCCAACACCUGAUUAGUAGCGCACAGCCUAUGACGGAAGCCAUCAAGAAAUACAUACCAAACCCAAUGCUGAGGUCCAGGAAAUGGGUGUCCACUUCAGUGAUAGGCUCGGACGCGGACACCGAGCACCUGAAGCACGCGUCGGCCGAGUAUUUCGUGCAUAACCUCAUGAAUCCAGUGAUGUUUUACGACCGAUUCCGGGACUUACCCUCCGAUGCCAUUGUCUUGGAAUUAGGUCCGCAUUCGGUGUUUCAGAAAGUGGUCACCGAAACGCUGGACAACUCGACGUAUAUAUCGUUAUUGAAAAAGGACUCAAACCAUACAAAUCUGGAUCUGUUUUUGUCGGGUUUGGCAAAGCUUUACGAAUUAGGUUUCAAUCUUGCGAUCGAUAGGCUAUACCCACGAGUGGAGUGGCCGGUGGCCAGGAAUACACAGUCUAUCGGUUCGCUUCACAAAUGGGAUCAUAGUAUGAAAUUUGCGCCCAACAUAUACCCGGAUAGGUUUUGCAGGGCUAACGCGUCCGAUAUGAACGUUAUUAUCAAUUGCUUGGCGAAAGAGGACCUCUUUUAUAUGGACCACACAGUGGACGGCAAUAUCAUAUUCCCCGCGACCGGGUAUCUGAUGCUGGCCUGGCGUAAGUUGGCCGCCAGUGUGGGCAGAGUGUGGUAUAAAGUACCCGUCAUAUUUGAAAAUGUCCAGAUCAAACGACCCGUGUUUCUAUCAGAGGAUAAAAAUACCAAGCUUAAAGUCAAGUACUACCCGUUAACCGAUGAGUUCUCCAUAUACGAGAGCGAUAAUGUUUGCGUUGUGGGCAAAGUGCGGGCACCGGGCGAUGACAUACUCAUCCACCAGAACAAGCUCUACGAGAACGAGCACCGGCUGUCUUCAUGCGAGUAUACGUUGGAAAGGGACGACAUCUACAAAGAGAUGCGAAUCCUAGACCUCGAUUACGGCAAAGAGUUUCAGCGACUCGUGAAAGUUGGCACAAAUAACUUCCGCCAGAUUUUUGGCAUUAAUGAGUGGACCGGAAAUUUUGUCACUUAUAUGGACGCACUCCUACACUCCAUGGCCUUUGCCUACCCCUUCCGGAAGCUCAUGUUCCCGGUGCUGAUACGUACCCUGAGAGUGGACCCUAAGGUGCUGUUUGAGACCAUUCAGCGAAACAGAUGCCUCGAAAAGAGCUCUUUGGACGAGGAGGUGACCGAACACCAGCAGAAUAUGGACACCACCGACACUACCGGUGCCGAUGUUCACCAAAACGAUAGGAUUUCCAUAACACAGGGCUAUGCGAUGAUUAAGAGUCACGAAAAUAUGGAUGAAUACAACGACAUGAAUACCUCCGCGCGGAAGGAGGCCCAGAGGUUUAAGGAGAGGUUUGCCAUAUACCCCUCGCACCUACCCUUUUAUUUUAAUGUCGAGUCUAAGCUACUGGUGGCCAAUGGGGUUGAGUUGGACGAAGUGAUGGCGUUUCCGGUGCCCCGGCGUUCAGACGCUAUGGACCUGGUGUUAGACUCGUAUGAGUUUUGUCCCAAUGAUGAUAAUCAAGCUAUUGAUGAGAGUCUCUUGGAAAGUGUGUCCAAGUAUUUAGAGGUUUGCAAAUAUAUGGCGUCGAAAGCCACACAAAUGGGUUUCAAACAAAUGAAAUGCGAUUUCAAUUACCAGUCGGUCAGUGAGGAUGUGCUGCAAGAGUACAGAAAUGAAAACAAUGAAAAUCAUGUGUUGUUUCGAGUGUUGGAUAGAAUCUGUACCGAUAUUAGCGACAAAAAUGUGAAUAUUAAUGAUAACAAAGAGGUGAACAAAAUGUUGGCUGAAAUCCAUGGCAAUCCUGAAUACGAUUUGAGUGCAGAUCUGGUGAAUCAGAUCCCAAGAAAUGAGCGAAUGCUGCGAACACUCGUGGAUAUCGUUUGCGAAAACUUUGUGGACAUAAAAGAGUUGAAAAUAAUGGAAAUUAAUUUGAGUAAUACUUUGUUUGCCAAAGAUGUGGAUCAGUUGGUCACACACUUCCGGAUACUGCCAUUCGAUGUCGACUAUAAGCUGAUAGUGAAGUCCAAAGCGGACGUUCCCGAUGUGUUUAGAGCCAAUGCCACCGAAUGGGACGGUAGUACCUGUGAUGGGCUGACAUUAAAACCUUCAAAUUUGGUUAUAUUGAGAGAUACAUCAGACUUAUGGCAAUUGGAUUUGGAAAGCCUUAUACAGGACUUGUAUGACUCCAUAUACACCAAUGGAUUCCUAUUAACGGUAUUCCGACACAUUAAGCUGUCCGCCGAUUACGACAAAUGUCUGUCAACUGAUUAUUACUUAAAUUCUGGACAAUCUCGAGAUUUGUCUGGUAUUCAGUGGUACGACGCCAGACAGAUACCGGCCCUUAAGGAACAGUACGAUUUCUAUAACAAAAAACUCGCCAAAACUCGCGUUCAAAUCUAUUGCUCCGGUCGUAUACCCUCUGGUCCGGAGCAGUUAUUUUAUGACUGCCUAAUAGGCUGUGAAUACGUGGGCCGCCGAGCGGACACCGGGGAACGGGUGAUGGGCAUUGAGUUGGGUCGGUGUUACGCCACAUCCAUCAAUGCGGGCACUCAUAGUAUGACUACCGUUCCCGAGCACUGGUCGAUGUUGGAGGCGUCCACUAUACUCGGCACUUAUAGCACUUUGUAUUAUGCGCUCAUCAAAAGGGCUCAUUUGAAACAAGGCGAAAGUAUAUUAAUUCAUUCGGCGGCGGGAGGUGUGGGACAGUCGGCGAUAAACAUGUGCCGACACUACGGGUGCGAUAUCUACGUAACGGUCGGCACGAAAGAGAAAAAGGAGUUCCUUAUGACAGAGUAUAACAUACCGGAGAACCAUAUAUUCAACUCCAGAGAUAUUCUGUUCAAGAAUCAGAUUAUGGAGGCGACGAGAGGUCGGGGCGUCGACAUUGUGCUCAACUCCCUGGCCGGUGAGAAACUGGAUCUCAGCUACGAGUGUGUGGCCACCAGCGGGAGGUUUGUGGAGAUCGGUCGGUACGACAUGUUUCAGAACCGGAAGAUCGGAAUGUUUGACUUCUUGAGGAAUAUUCAGUUCAUCGGAAUAGUCAUCGAUAUAGUGCUGAUGGAAGACAAGGGCUUCUUCAGUGACUUCUUUGAGUGGUUGCACAACAACUGCACCAAUGGUUGUGUGAAACCAAUUAAUUACACCAUAUUUGGGGCCAAAGAGGCCGAUAAGGCUUUCCGUUAUAUGACAACCGGUAAACACAUCGGGAAAGUACUCAUCAAAAUAAGGGACGAAGAGAGCACGAGAGGGCCGUUGAGACACAUCAUACCGGCGCUGCCUCUCAGGGCUACUGUUAAGACGUUUUUCAGUCCAAACAAAGUCUAUAUAAUAACCGGAGGUUUGGGUGGUUUUGGACUCGAGUUGAUUCCAUGGAUGCAAUUCUUCGGCGCCAGAAAAUUUGUGGUCACUUCCAGGUCUGGGAUUAAAACGGAUUAUCAGAAGUAUUUCUACAAUAGAUUUCAAGAACUGUUUGGAGAAAUGAAAUAUUUUACGACCGAUUGGGUCGUAUCGACGGCUAAUUGUCUGACUCCUGAAGGCUCCCAACAACUGGUAAAUGAGGCGAAAGGGUUGGCACCCAUUGGAGGGAACAUGGAGUUUGAAAAGUUCUGUUCAACUGUUGACACAAAACACAAGAUAUUCUCAAACUUGGAUCAAAUCACACGAAGACUUGACUAUAAAUUGGAUUAUUUUGUAGUCUUUUCAUCGAUAGCUUGUGGUAAAGGAAAUAGAGGUCAGAGUAACUACUCGUUUGGGAACUCUCUGUGCGAACGGAUUUGCGAAGAGAGACGAAGGGAUGGUCUACACGGACUGGCCGUACAGUACGGACCCAUCGGUGAUGUGGGAGUUCUCGAGGCUUGUGGUAAAGGAAAUGGAGGUCAGAGUAACUACUCGUUUGGGAACUCUCUGUGCGAACGGAUUUGUGAAGAGAGACGAAGGGAUGGUCUGCACGGACUGGCCGUACAGUACGGACCCAUCGGUGAUGUGGGAGUGAUGUCCGAUACGGACAAAGCCCUGGUCUGGUCUACACUGAAGAAACAGCGGAUCAACUCGUGUUGCGAUGUUUUGGACAAAUUGCUGGCUAUUAAUAAACCGAUUGUCACUUCAUAUAUAAAAGUGGACCAAAAGAAAGAGACGGGUAAUCGACAGACCCGAAUGGUUGGGGAGUUAUGGCGGGCACUGGGCAUAGACCCGGAGACUACGCCCAACCACCUGACUCUGGGCGAGAUAGGGCUGGAGUCGAUGUUUGCGGUGGAACUACAGCAGGAAAUGGAGAGGGAAUGGCAGAUAAAAAUGAGUAUAAAUCAGGUGAAGAGUAUAACAGUGGGAAUGCUGAAGGACUACCAAAACGGGAACGUUGUUACUAUUAAAAAGCACCUGGAUGACAUCAAACUUGCUCGCAAGGGUCUAUUAAAACAAAAGUUUAUUAUUCCUACCGACGCCUACGUCCGGCUCAAUGGGGUCACCAGUGGACGGCCUGUAUAUUUCAUGCCUACCCUUGGGUUCAGUUUUUCAAUGUUUGAGGAAUUGGCUAAAAAGCUCGACCGCCCGGCCAUUGGUCUCAAUUGGACCCGCGAGUUGAGCCAACUGACCACGCUCAAAGGUGUUAAUGAAUACUAUAUAACCCUGCUCAGUGAGCUAGAACCUAAUGGCAAGUACGAUGUGGUCGGCUAUUUCGAUACGGCGCUCAUAUGCGCCAAGUUAUUGGCCAAACGUAUGGCACAUAAGGCGGUGAUAAUAGACAUCAUAAACGACAUGCGCUUCGCGGAUGAAGAGCUCACCGAAGACUUUAUGCUGGAGUUUAUGGUGACCCUGAUGUCGGCCGACAUACCCGACACGUUCAAAGAGAAAAUGAACAGGGAGAUGAAAAAGGAGCCAGAUCUAAAAGCAAAGGUUAAACACAUGGUUAAUGAGAUCAUGGACUUCGCGGGCACCGGACUGGUAGCCACGGAUAUGGAGGAGAUUUUCCACAUUAUGUUGGGUCGCAUUCGUAUGCUAUCGGAGUAUAGACUGAAUAAAAAGCGUAAGUUUGCGGCGAAACUAAAGCUCCGAAUCGCCGAGAAAUGGGCUAAAAUUAGCGGCAAAUUGGUGUUCAUUAAGCCGUUUAAGUUCGACGACGUCGACGAUAUCGAGACGUUUGUUGACAGAGCGCGUGAAUUGUAUUUUUUGCCUGGCUCACACGAUGGUUAUGAUAAUAUUCACGUUGAAAGCGUAGACACUAUUGGUGCAGUUAAUAAUAUGACCAUGGAGAUUACUGAGAAACUCGAGGCAGCCCUUAAAUAAAUAAUUAAGACUUUUAAACUGGAAGAUUUCUACUUGAUUCAAUAUGCUAUAACUACAACUAUUUUAGACACAAUAUUGACU